CGACCGCUCUACUUCGCCUACGGCUCGAACCUCUCCCCCUCCCAAAUGGCCACUCGCUGCGUCCACAGCCCCGCGUCCUCGGUGCCCCUCGCCAUCGCGCGGCUGCCGCACUGGCGCUGGCUCAUCUGCGAGCAGGGCUAUGCGAACGUCCUCCCGCCGCCGGACCUGCGCGUCGGCCCGCAGACGGGGGUGCGGGGCGACGAGGUGCCGGUGGCCGGGGCGGAGGAGGCGGUCUACGGGGUGCUGUAUGCGAUGGACGAGAGGGAUGAGAGGCUGUUGGAUGGGUUCGAGGGGGUGGAUUGGGAUGCGCCGGCCGCGGGUGGGUCGGGGGAUGGGAGGAAGGGCGCUGCAGUGGCGCCGUCACCGUCACUGAGUGUCCGGCCAAGGGAGCAGGGGCAGGGAGACUACAAUAAGUGGGUGGUGGAGGCGGAAGUAGUGCAGUGGUUGGAGGGUCAGAGUCGGGACGGUGGGAGCAGCAGCAGCAGCAGCACUGUACCCGUGUUGGUGUAUGUGGAUGAGUUGAGGGUCAACUUGGGCCCGCCCAAGGACGAGUAUAUCCCGCGGAUGAACCGCGCCAUUCGCGAGUCGGUCGCUUUGGGGCUUCCGGAGAAGUGGGCCGAGGAGGUUAUGAGGCCGUCUAUCCCU